CGGGCAGCUGCGGCGGCGGCGGCGGCGGUAGCGGAGCCUAGCGGUCGCGGGGACUCGCGGGCGCGGAUCGUAGAGCGUCGCCGGCGGGGACGGCCGCCCGAGGCGGCGGCGUACGGGCUAGCAGACCUCGCCUCCAGCUUGCCGGAGCUGAGGACCUAGCGGGGCCGCCUCCGGGCCAGCCUCUCCCCGCUCUGCCAGCCGGCCCCGGCGCCGAGGGCGCGGCGACGCUCGGCCACCAUGGGCUGCACACUGAGCGCUGAGGACAAGGCGGCCGUGGAGCGCAGCAAGAUGAUCGACCGCAACCUCCGGGAGGACGGAGAGAAGGCGGCGCGCGAGGUCAAGCUGCUGCUGCUGGGUGCUGGUGAAUCCGGGAAGAGCACAAUUGUGAAGCAGAUGAAAAUUAUCCACGAGGCUGGCUACUCAGAGGAGGAGUGUAAGCAGUACAAAGCAGUGGUCUACAGCAACACCAUCCAGUCCAUCAUUGCCAUCAUUAGAGCCAUGGGGAGGUUGAAAAUCGACUUUGGAGACGCUGCUCGCGCGGAUGAUGCUCGCCAACUCUUCGUGCUUGCUGGGGCCGCAGAGGAAGGCUUUAUGACCGCGGAGCUCGCCGGCGUCAUAAAGAGACUGUGGAAGGACAGCGGUGUGCAAGCCUGCUUCAACAGAUCCCGGGAGUACCAGCUGAACGAUUCCGCAGCGUACUACCUGAAUGACUUGGACAGAAUAGCACAACCAAAUUACAUCCCAACCCAGCAGGAUGUUCUCAGAACCAGAGUGAAAACGACAGGAAUUGUGGAAACCCACUUUACUUUCAAAGAUCUUCAUUUUAAAAUGUUUGACGUGGGAGGCCAGAGAUCAGAGCGGAAGAAGUGGAUUCACUGCUUUGAAGGCGUGACUGCCAUCAUCUUCUGUGUGGCCCUGAGUGACUAUGACCUGGUUCUUGCUGAGGAUGAAGAAAUGAACCGGAUGCACGAAAGCAUGAAGCUGUUCGAUAGCAUAUGUAACAACAAGUGGUUUACGGACACAUCCAUCAUCCUUUUCCUGAACAAGAAGGACCUCUUUGAAGAGAAAAUCAAAAAGAGUCCCCUCACGAUAUGCUAUCCAGAAUAUGCAGGCUCAAACACAUAUGAAGAGGCGGCUGCGUAUAUCCAGUGUCAGUUUGAAGACCUCAAUAAAAGGAAGGACACAAAGGAAAUUUACACCCACUUCACGUGCGCCACGGAUACGAAGAAUGUGCAGUUUGUGUUCGAUGCUGUAACGGACGUCAUCAUAAAGAAUAACCUAAAAGACUGUGGUCUCUUCUAAGCUCUGCAGUGGGGUAGUAAAAAUGCAUUUUCAAACCAGACGAGUACUUAUAUAUGGAUCUCUCUAGACUAGAGUCUCCCAGCAACAGAGAAUGUAGUGUACAGCAAAUGCAUCCUGGACCUGACCAGAGUUCUGACCAAAGUUGUUCUGUAUCGUGUCUUUAUCUGAACGUAAUAGAAGGACCUUUCUCGAAGGCGAAAGAUGGUCCUGGAGUGUGAGAGGGAGGGUUGAUGUUGAAGCUGGGGCUCUAGUGUACUGAUGAUUUCUGUGUAAGUGUAAAUAUGCAAAUGUAAGAUGUAUUUAUAACUUCUGAUUUCCCACGUUAUGUUUAGGUUGUAAGAGUGGCAACUUAUGGUCCUAGUGCGAUGGCUUUGGGAAAACAUAACUGUUAAGUACCUUGUAUGGAAUGACAGAUUGGUUCUGUGUUUGGCAGUUUUGAUCAGCUUUAUUUAUGUUCGUGCCCCUAAAUUUUAGGCACCAUAAUUAACAUUAGGAAAUGUCACCCCCCUUACCUUGAUUCUAUGUUUACUUAUACUCAUAAAAUGUUAUUUGUAUAAACGUUGCACAGACUAUUUUAAUACCAUGAUUUGUCCUCUAAAGUUUCUGUUUCAUGGGGAUGAUCUUACAGAGGUUGCUGCACCUGCCUUUGGAUCAGUCAUUUACGCAUUGAGAGCAUUAGGAUUUAUACAGAGUGCAUGACGUGCCGAUUCUACUUUACAUUUGUUUUAAGAAACUAAAAUUGCAGAUCUUUGAGGACACAGGAUCUCAGACUUAAAAACCUUUCCGUCUUAAAUUCACUACUUUGAACUGGAUCUUAGUAUCUGGCUGGUAUUUCUGCAUUGCCUUGGAGUGAUGCCAAAUUAAUUUUAUACACAAUAACCACUGUUUUAUUUAUAAUGACGUUUAGGUGAGUGAUGAGAGCAUUUUUUGAGUAAAAGAUUUUUAGUAUUAUGUGAAUUUUGAGACAUUGAUUUGUGUAUUUUUUUUUUGACAAAGCCCUUGUAUUUGAGCACACAUGAUACUUCCUUGUCUAGGAGAAGACCAGAAAACAUGAUAUUGCUGAUAUUAUACAAGCUUUUGAUUCAUAGGGAACUAGUUUGAGGUUCAUUACUUUAUGUCAAAAAUGACUUCUUUUGCAUUAGGCAUUCGAAUUCCUUCCACUUGCUCGAAUUUCUAUUCUUUUAAAGCUACAGUAUGAUUUCUGACAUUAAGUGGACAAUUAUUGUUAGAAAUUAAAUAAUAGUAUUUAGCAAGAUCAGUGAGUGUAUGUGGGCUUAACUAGGUGUUACGUAACAGCUACAUACUGAACUUUGUUAGUGCCAUUUUCAAAGAAUCAUUUACAGUGUGCGUGUGCCCUUGUUUCAGCAAGCUGAAUAGCAUCCCCCAGCUCCUUCCCCCUUUUAACUCAUCUACAACAUCGAGUCUUUCCAUAAGCUUUGCUGGUGCGUAGUUGCUCACUUGAGUUAGAAGUUGCUGGUUCCUUAGAGUCUCCCCGCUGACGUUUGUGCAUAUGUAAGUGUAUGGAGAACCGUAAACUACAUCCACGCCUGUUUACUUUGGGCACAUUUGUUCUCUUCUUUGUAAUGUAAAGAAAUUCAAAGUUACCCAAAUUCCUUCAGUGUUAGUCUAGAUUAUUUUCUGUGCCUUUCACAAAAGAUCCAUUUCCAUUCAUUGACUAAUGGAAGACCUGUCAGACCCACCUUGUCAAGCUGUGUAUGAAAUUCAAGUAUACUCUGGAUACAUUUGAGUGAUGAAAAAUAGGGUUUGAAAGCCACAAAGAAGCACAUAUUGGUGACCAUCAUUGGUGAAUCCCUGAACUCUGUGUAACUGUGCUACUAAUACACCCCAAUAAAUUUAAAUUUUUAAAAUUUUA